CUUUCUUUUUGCUCCUUCGUUUUUUUUUUUCUAAUAAGGAAUUUCCUUUUACUUUAGUUAUUCUAUUCUUGUGAAAAUAUAACUUCUUUAUAUUAUCUCACGUGUUUAUUACUGUAUUACGAACUAUCCCUGACCAACAUCCUCCUUUUUUUUUUCUCUUUUAUAUUCUUGGUUGAAAUAAAAAGAAAAAAGGGAUGACACUUGUACCUACGAUAUCUAUCACUACUCCAGAUUUAGAAAGUAAGGAUUUUAUCAUGAACAGCCCUUUAUCACCUUCUGCUCCACAAUCUCCAACAAUAUUUGACGUGGUGAAAAAUAUGGACGAUAUGCCAGAAUUAGGCUCAGACGAUGAACUUGCUCUGGAUCAACCUAUCAUCACUGAAGAACCUCAAGAACUACAAGACCAUGACCACCUUCAUCGUGAUACUCAACAACAAGAAGAAGAACAACAAAAGAAUACAGUUAUAUCUCAAGACGUACGUCAAUUUUAUCACAAUAAAUCUAUCCUUAUUACGGGUGCAACUGGGUUUAUUGGUAAAGCUGUAUUUUGGAAAUUAUUACAUUCUCUUCAUGGUGAUAUCGAUCGUAUCUUUUUAUUGAUUCGUAUGGGCCCUUCUCACCGUCGUCUGUCUAACCCUAUUGUACGACUUCAAGAGGAAAUUUUAUCAAACAAGGCAUUCAUCAGUUUACGACGACAAAUGGGAACAACAGUAUUUGAUCAACUUAUCCGGGAAAAAGUGGUACCAAUCAAUGGUGACUUUAUGGAACAUAAUCUCGGUUUAUCUACUAACGAUCAUACUAUGCUUGUUAAACAUGUUAAUGUGAUCUUACACUGUGCUGGAAAUAUGGAUGGCAAUGAACGUUUGGAUAUUUCCGUCAAGGUCAAUGCUGCUGGAACAAAUUCUUUAAUCAAUUUGGCAAAUGAAUGUGGGUUAUUAUCUUCUUUUGUUCAUUUGUCUCCUUUGCAAAUCUAUGGAUCUUCUGGUGUGGCAUGCGAUAGGGUUGGUAUCUUACCUGAAGAAUCAUCGGUAGAAGAUAUCAUUGAUCAUAUCGUGGAAUCAAAUUUGGAAGAUCUACCUGUGAUCAUGAAUCAAGUUAGGCCUUAUUAUCAAAAUGUAUAUACUUUCUCUAAAGCUCUUGCUGAACAAGUCUUGGUUAGUGAUGUACGAAAAAAGCAAAUCACCAAUUCUCAACAAUUCCCUAUUGGUAUCAUACGACUUGGUCAUAUUGGACCUAGUGUAUCUGAACCUUUGAAAGGAUGGGCAGAUGAAGUUAAUGGUGCAAAUGGUGUGAUUUUAUUGACUGGCCGUGGAACUAGAAUUAUUGAUACUAAUCAUGGUGACAUGACGGCAGAUGUUAUACCUGUUGAUUUUGCAGUACGAACCAUCAUAGCAUGUGCGGCUACUAUGACACCUCCUCCAACUACAUUUGUUUUACCUAUGACUGAUGAUACCAAACCUGAUACUACACCUGAAAGAACAUCAUCAACUCCUACCAUUGGUAACAAUAGAGACUCAACAUCCUCCUAUUCAUCCACUGGAACAGCAGCAACAUUAGCUACAGCGGCUACAGAACCAGCAAAUGAAAUAUCAGGUCGACCUUCUCAAUCAUCAUCGACAGGAACUUUAUCCAUGAACUAUCACGCUGAAGAUUGUUUUCCUUAUAUUUAUCAUGUCUCAGCUACUGGCAUGCGUGCUAUUACUUGGCGACUAGCCUAUGAAGCGAUGCGACAUUAUUGGACUCGAACAACAGGUAUCAAUCUCGCACCAGCCAACUCUUACUUCACAGCCAGUGCUCAAGGUUUAUCUCGGGCACGCACAGUCAUGAAUUCUCUGCGAUCAGCGGCUUCAGUGUAUAUUAGCAAUACUACAACGACAAACACAGGAAACAAUGGAGGUGGCGAUUCAAAUGGAUGGCGUUCUGCAAGACCUUCUAGCAAGAGAAGUUCCCAUCGGAUGAGUAAAUCUGUGGACAAGGCAGCAAGAUUAGCACCGAAUGUGAUGCGUACCUAUACUGCAAUGAAUCAUUACAACAACAACAAUUACAACAAGAAAUCACAACAGGCCACAUCAUUAUUAUUAUAUCAUGGUGGUCCAUGGAUAGCACAACUCAAACAACGAUUACGAGAAGAUACUGCCAGCGAGAUAUUUGAUCCUUACAUAUUGGUACCGGAAGAUGCAGAUACUGUGUUUUGGAUGAAUUACUUUACAAACUCAAGUUAUGGGAUGCACUAUUUUGUUGGAACAGAACCUAAUGUACGAUUACCUACCGCAGCUAUAGGAUGGAGUUGCGCUUUACAAUUCCAAGGUGCAGGCAGCAACGACGCUCAUGGAGUGAUUGAUCAUCAAGUACGCAGUGAAAUCUAUUCUCCUGACCAGAUGAAUAAACGAACCUAUCGAAUGAUGGAGCAUCUCAAGCAUUUAUUGGUACAAGAUGAAGCCGCAGCAACUCAGCAACAACAAAAAGAUGAAGUUUGGCUUGUAGAUGUGGAUGAUAGUUUGGAAGAUUGGUCUCAGGAUCAAACCGUGAUCAAUGCUGAACAUGACAAACGACUUGUACUUGGAAAAUGGAGAAAAAAGGUUGGAAGCAACGAUGAUGCUGUCAAGGUAGUUGUACUGAAUGACAAACGAGUCAACCAAGCUAUUCAUCAGAUCACGCAAAAUGCUGGUGUUUCUAAGCAAACAGCCGUCAAUGAAGCUAUGAAAAUCCUUAUUCGAAUGAGUGAACGUACGCAAUUGACUUUUGUCUGGUUUACCGGCUCCUUCCUCAAAUCCUUCUUUGAUCAUAUGUUUGAAAGUGUCCGAAUCAGUGAAGAAAGCAUCCGCUAUAUUCGAGACUCUACUCUUGGUAAACGAGUUGUUUAUGUUCCUGUAUCAAAAAGUAUUUUGGAUCCAUUAUUGGUAUGGUAUAUCUCUAUUCGAUAUCAUCUUCCUGUACCAGCUCUAGUAUGUGAUGAAGUGAUGGCACAAUUGGGUCCUAUUUCUGAUAUCUAUCGUUUGGCUGGGGCUUACUAUGUGAAAAGGGAUAAACAUCAACGAUCACCUCUCAACUCGGCAGUGACAGCAGCUUAUACUCAAGUACUUUUACGUGAACAUGGCGCACUAUCGAUGUGUCUUGAAAAAUCAAGGUCUCGGACAGGAAAGUACCAAGAAGCAUUUGAUGAUGAAAUGAUCGAUAUGGUGAUGGAAUCUACACUACAAUCCAAUCAAUCGCGCACCUCUACAAGCACUGUAUCCAAGGUUGCCAAUUCUGAUUUGACCAGUCCUCCUGAAUCUCCUGCUUCCCCUGCUACGCCAACAAGUACAACAACAGGGAUGGAUGCUAGUACUACUGGAAGUACUCCUCGCAAGGCUCAUCGUGAUGUGAUGAUUGUUCCUAUCAACAUUUCUUAUGAAAUUGUACCUGAACUUGGAUUCCUUAUUGAUCAAGUAUUAGAUCAACAACCAAAAGGUGUUUAUAUGGGAAACAGCAACAACAGUAGCAACAAUAACAACAACAAUACUCUCAGUAGCAUGAGUGGAAAUAAUAUGCCUUCUACAAGAUCAUCACCUCUUUUGGCCUCGCAAGCACCUUCUUCACCUUUACCCAAUAUGGUUCGACCUAGUCAAGCUAUGGAUAGACGCAAUCGAUUACUGGAUGGCAUCGAUGCUCCUAAGAAAUGUGGACGUGUUCAUGUCGGCAUUGGACAACUGAUCAGUAUACAAGAUGUGGCUGCUGAAUACAAUAAAUCUUCAAGUGACAAAUCAGAUGAACAAUCGAAUCUUGCCAAUAUUAUUGUCAAGCGUAUUCAACAUAGUCAACAUGAAGCUUUAGUAGUGACUCCACUUUCUUUAGUGUGUGCGAUUAUUUUAUAUGGAAGAGCCACAGGUGGUGUCUGCUUAGGCAAAAUCAAAGAAUUACUGGAUUGGCUUCGAAUAGAAAUACUUGAAAGACAAUAUAAAAUAGAUUGGCAAGAUGGGGAAGACUUGGAAGCCAUCAUUUUUAGUGUAUUCAAAUUGAUUAACGAACCCAAGAAUCUUAUCAUUGAAGGCAAAGAAAUGACGGAUGAUACCAAUAUCAAGGUGAAUGAUCAUGCUGACAAUAUCAUGACAUUAUCUUAUUACUCCAAUCAAAUUGUGGACAUUUUCCUUUUGGAUGCCUUUUUCAGUGUGAUCUAUUUAUCCUUUUCUGAAGACACUGUUAGCGAAGAUGAAUUUAUUGAUCGAUUCCGAUUCCUUGUGCAAUUACUUGAAAAUGAAUUUGUUUUGACUUGGGAUGUUGACAAGCAAUUCAAAACCAUUAUGAGCCGGUAUGAAAAAGAAGGAGUGAUACGAAAAAAGGAAAACAAUCAACUUUCUCUAAAGGUGAAUAUGGAAACCAGUCAUGUACGAUAUGAGCAACUGAUAUUUUUGGCAUCCUUGAUAUAUCCUACCAUCGAUACCUAUUGGAUUACAUCAUGCUCACUCUCAGCUUUGGAACGUGUGCCAACUUUACCACGUAGUAUUGUACCAUUGCUCAGUCAAUGGAUUGCUACUCAUUUGAUUGCAGGACGAAGGACAAUUUAUCGUGAAGUAUUAUCAACAGAAUCAAGUCGGAUGGCAGUGGAUGUAUUCAUGGCUAUGGGUUUUUUGACCGAAUUUAAAGCAAAAGAAAAGUUAUCACCUGAUGCACAGAUCUUAUUGCAUGAACUUAAGAUUCCUACAACAGAAACUUUGAUUGAACUUUGUGGUCAAAAUAGUGAUGGAGGUAUGACACCAGUUUCACCUAUUGAUCCUGAAGGAAUGAUGAAGGCAUUGAUGGCACAAAUUCAAAUGAAUCGAGCCAAUUCUAAUAUGGCAGAUCUUUGUCAACAAAUUGAUUCUUAUCGAUUAGGAGCAGCUUCUCAACGUGAAAGCUUCCAAAAUGCUCAAGUUUUUCAAAAAUGUUUGAAACAAAUCAAAGGGAUUUUACAAGUGGAUGUUAGUUUUGCCAAGAAACAAAAGGUAGACUUGAAUGAUGCUGAAGAUGGAUUGGUUCAAUUAGUUUAUGCUCUUCGGGUGAAUAGUACAACAAGUAAUGAUCGAUCUACUCGAAGGAUAUCUGAAGCUUACAAUUUAAAAUAAUAGUAGUUUGUAUAGUUCAAUAAAUAAAUAUAUAUAUAUUCUUUUA